AUGCCUCAUACAUCUGUGCCUGGCCCUGCUUUCCAUCAGGCAACUGAUCCUCCACAGUCAUUUCCAUUGUUGACAUAUCACACAGAAUUACUCUAUCCAACUACUUCAUUUGUCUUGAUCUCCUUGCAAGAAGAGAUAGCAUUCUCCACACUUAGGGGAAGCAUUCUUCCUCCUUCACGUAUCUUCACCAGCACAUCAUUCUGUGCAACUACACCUAUCUCUUCUCACCCUUCCACUCCCAAAGUCACCAAGGCAGUUUCCUUCUCAGCCAAGCAUGUGUUGCAGCUUGCAACUUCUGAAAUCACUGAAGACAUGCACAUCAAGCACACCAAAUACACUGAUUUGGCAAGGUGCUACCUUGAUAUGGAGGUGGUUGUCAACUCUGAGGCAGACAAUGAGGGUACAGAGGAAGAAGAGGAUGGAUCCUUCAUAAAUGACUGGGCUUCUGAGGAUGAUCAGGCAUCAUCACUGUCAGACCCUCAGCAAGAUGAAGCAGCAUAG